UGAAUUUGAUUUCCAACAGUCUAUGGUCAGUCCAUCAGCACCUGAGAUUUUGGAUGUCAUUGGAGAGAUGAGGCUCUUCCUGCUAACUAAUGAACAGCUGAUGGACAGCAAUGUGAUCAAGUUGUGGUUCUCAGAGCGUUUAAGUGGCUUCCUGCCGUCUGCCUCAGAAAUGUUCCUGCUGUGUCUGAGCAGCAGGAACCUCAGCUGUCAGUCGUACCAUCAGAUAGUGCAGGUGUUUAGCCGUCAGUUCAGAGACAUGACAUUCCAACAGCAGCAAACAGUCUUGAGGGAUUUCAUCCUCCGUUUCCUGUCAGAACCUCACACAGGUCCAGGCUGUGUGUCUACCUCCAACAGCAGUGCACAGUGGCUGACGGACAACCUGGGUUCUUUCUCAGAGCUUCUGUCAGUCAGCAAGAUGUUUGAUCUGAACCCACAGUUCAAUCCUAUAGAGGCUCUGAGUGUCCUGAGUCCAAAGCAGAGUGCAGAGCUGCUGGUGCUGAAAUAUCCCACUCUGCCAAACACAGACGUCAUUAUCAACAAGCUCUUUGAUUAUUUCACUGAGUCUCCAAGAGAGAGGAAGUUUACAGAGUUCCUGUCAUUCCUUGUUGUGUUUCUGGAAAUGGGAAAUGUGUCCUGUCCAUCAUACAAGACACUGUUCACCAGACUUGACAACACCUCAACCACAUCUUUUUUGGACAUUGCCUCAUCCAUAAUGGACACUAAACUGGCUUUAACCAACUACAUUCCAGCUGGUUGCAUCAUAUACACUGGACAGUGCAAUGUUACCAUGGUCAAUGAAGCAGAUAUCUGUUUUGGAGUCAACAGCACAGAGCUUCAGCUCCAACUGGACAGUGGAAAGAUGAAUGGACGUUUCUGUGAAUUUCCUGUGGAGGAAUUUGCUUGUGCCUCUCUCUCAGCGUUAAGAGCAGAGGACCUGGCAGCAGUGAUGAAGUGUGGUCCAUCCUCCAGCUUAAAUGAGUCCAAACCUGUCUGGAAACUUCUCCUGGUCAAAUCAACCAGAGUGUUGGAUGAAGCUCUAGAUCUUCUAGCAAACACAACCUUUGACCCCAGCAGUCCCUCAGUGUCUGUGAUUCUGGACGGCAUAAGAGAAAUCCGACUGGACCUGUUCAGCACCGACGCCCUGAACAAUCCCUCCAUGUUGCAGCUGUGGUUCAACAGACGCCUUCAUCCAUUCUUACCAGCAGUUUCCACUGAUUUCCUCUCAUGUCUGGCAACAAAAGAACUGCAGUGCAGCUCCUACCAGUUUAUCUUGCAGAGUUUGAGUCUGGCCCAAACACAGAUGAAUCCAUCCACUCAGAUGUCUGUGUCCACAGACUUUAUCCAGGUUUACCUGAGCAGGAAUGAUACAGCAGAUGGAGGCUGUUUGUCGUCCUCCAACAGCAGUGCACAGUGGCUGAAGGACAACCUGGGUUCUUUCUCAGAGCUUCUGUCAGUCACCGAGAUGUUUGAUCUGAACCCACAGUUCAAUCCUAUAGAGGCUCUGAGUGUCCUGAGUCCAAAGCAGAGUGCAGAGCUGCUGGUGCUGAAAUAUCCCACUCUGCCAAACACAGACGUCAUUAUCAACAAGCUCUUUGAUUAUUUCACUGAGUCUCCAAGAGAGAGGAAGUUUACAGAGUUCCUGUCAUUCGUUGUCGUGUUUCUGGAAAUGGGAAACGUGUCCUGUACCUCAUACAAAACACUUUUCACCAGAUUUGACAACUCCUCAGCCACAUCUUCUCUUGAUAUUGCUUCAUCCAUAAUGGACACCAAAGUUGCUUUAUUCAACAACAUACCUCCAGGUUGCAUCAUAUAUCCUGGACAGUGCAAAGUUACCACAGCAAAUGAAGCAGACAUCUGUUUUGGAGUCAACAGCACAGAGCUUCAGCUCCAACUGGAUAGUGGAAAGAUGAAUGGACGUUUCUGUGACUUUCCUGUGGAGGAAUUUGCUUGUGCCUCUCUCUCAGCGUUAAGAGCACAGGACCUGGCGGCAGUGAUGAAGUGUGGUCGAUCCUCCAGCUUAAAUGAGUCCAAACCUGUCUGGAAACUUCUCCUGGUCAAAUCAACCAGAGUGCUGGAUGAAGCUCUAGAUCUUCUAGCAAACACAACCUUUGACCCCAGCAGUCCCUCAGUGUCAGUGAUUCUGGACAGCAUAAGAGAAAUCCGACUGGACCUGUUCAGCACCGACGCCCUGAACAAUCCCUCCAUGCUGCAGCUGUGGUUCAACAGACGCCUUCAUCCAUUCUUACCAGCAGUUUCCACUGAUUUCCUCUCAUGUCUGGCAACUAAAGAACUGCAGUGCAGCUCCUACCAGUUUAUCUUGCAGAGUUUGAGUCUGACCCAAACACAGAUGAAUCCAUCCACUCAGAUGUCUGUGUACACAGAUUUUAUCCAGGUUUACCUGAGCAGGAAUGAUACAGCAGGUUGUCUGUCUGCUUCCAUCAGCAGUGCACAGUGGUUGAGGAUCAACCUGGGUUCCUUCUCUGAGUUUGCCUCAGUCAGCGAGCUGUUCAAUCUCUACCCACAGUUCAAUCCUAUAGAGGCUCUGAGUGUCCUGAGUCCAAAGCAGAGUGCAGAGCUGCUGGUGCUGAAAUAUCCCACUCUGCCAAACACAGACGUCAUUAUCAACAAGCUCUUUGAUUAUUUCACUGAGUCUCCAAGAGAGAGGAAGUUUACAGAGUUCCUCUCAUUCCUUGUCGUGUUCUUGGAAAUGGGAACUCUUUCCUGCACAUCAUACAAAACACUAUUUACCCAACUUGACUAUAUUGAAGCCACAGCUUCUCUUGACGUUGCUUCGUUUAUUCCAAGCGUCAGAGCAAACUUAUCCAAGAACAUCCUACCUGGUUGUGCCAUAUUCAGUGGGGAGUGCAAUGUUGUCACAGCAAAUGAGUCAAAUGUCUGUGUUGGGGUAAACAGCACAGAGCUUCAGCUUCAGCUCAACAGUGGGAAGAUGGGAGGCCGUUUUUGUGACUUUUCUGUGGAGGAAUUUGCAUGUGCUUCUCUUUCAGCAUUAACUGCACAGGACUUGGCAGAGAUACUGAAAUGUAAUCGAUCUUCCAGCUCAAGCGGGUCCACGCAAGUCUGGAAGCUUCUCCUCAAUAAAGCUUCUGGGGUGCUGGAUGCAGCUCUGGAUCUUCUAACAAACUCAACAAUCAACCCCAUGAACCCUUCAGCUUCCAUGAUCCUGGACAGCAUUCAAGAAAUCAAACUUGACCAAUUCAGCAAUGACACCCUAAAUGAUCCUUUGACUCUUCAACUGUGGUUCAAUAAUCGACUUCGUCCGUUCUUGUCUGCUGUUUCCAACGAUUUCCUCUCGUGUUUGUCAACAAAAGAUUUGCAGUGCAGCUCCUACCAGUAUAUAGUGCAGAUUUUAAGUCAAGUUCAGCCACAGAUGGCUCUUCCUAGGCAAAUCUCUGUGUACACAAACUUCAUCAAGAUUUACCUGAAAAGGAACAACACUGCAGAUCCUGGCUGCAUCUUCAACAUCAACAGCAGCUCAGAGUGGCUCCAGAACAACGUGGGAGGAUUUUCCGUCUUGUUGUCUAUUCAAGACUUUCAAGAGCUCUACCCACAAUUCUCAGCGAUGGAAGCCCUGUCAUUUCUGUCUAUCAGACAGCUCGCAGAGGUUUUUAUCACAACUGGCCAGAUCACAACUAUUGAUCAAGUUACCAUGGUGAUGAGUUAUGUUCCCGAUCAACAACUUGGCUCCUUCUUUGAUAAUUUCUCACCGGCCAUCUUGGGUCGUGAAUACAUUCUUCCCUCUACUGUGAGGUCAGCCAUGUUGCAGGUUGUGUUUUAUCGUGCAAACCUCUCCAGUCAGUCAGUCAGUGAUGCAAUCGUGUCACUGUGGCUCCAAGUUCGUCUCCGCCCCCUGCUGGUGAAUUUGGCACCUUACCAUGUUGCCCCAUACUUUCAAAUACUGUCAGGAAGAAACUGCAGUAUUGAGCAGCAGGGUGUAAACCUUCUCAACCAAACCAUCUCAUCUCUGAGUAAUGACACCCAGACAGAAAUUCAAAGUCGUAUCAUCCAGGCUCUUCAAGGUCCAUCACCUCUCCGUUGCUAUGGGGACAACUACAGCUACAGCUUCUACAGUUUCCUGAGGAGCUCAUUCUUGGGAUUCCAGUUCCCUAACCUGACCACCUUCUUGUCCCUCAUUCCUCCAGACAGAAACCAACAGCUGAUAAACUCCAUGCCUCCAUCAGAUCUUGGGGAUUUCUUGCGUCACACUAAUGUUGUUGGACAAGAAUCACAGCUUUGUCAGCUUUACAGCAGCUACCUCCAGAUACCAGUGUUUCUAGAAACUGAGUCUCUGCCAGAGCAGGUGAGACAGAGAACUCUGCCUUGCGUCUGGCCCAUUGCUCUCAGGAGCUCCAGCAGGUCAGAGGUCAACGCCUGGUUUGAUCGAGGUCUCCCCAACUACUUGGUCUUCCUCACAAAGACUCAGAUCAACCAAAUCACCUCAAUCAACGCCUCAUGUUUGGCCUUCCAGAAGAUUGUUUCUGCUCUUGGUUCCUACAACUACUCUGUUACUGACUUCACCAACCAAGAUGUGUACAACACCAUCAAGGUUUAUCUGUCAUCAGCAACAUCACCAAAGUGCUACGACAGCAACAACCCAGAGCUGAACUCCACAGCCUGGUUCGCAGAGUACAUCGGCUCUUUCAUCACUUUUCUCACUGUGGUGGAUCUUCAGUCAUUUGGUUCUCAACAGGAUCUGCAGCUGUUCACAGUGAAUCCUCAGAAUCUUCUGCUUCUUAAUCAGUAUAAGGUGGAUGUGACAAUAGUCAUCUACUACAUUCACUUAGUUUAUCAGCAAGACAUCAACUUCAGUCCACUUGGCCUUCCUUCAUUGGGUCAGUGCUUUGCUCCUGGCCGGGUGUUCACUCAGUUGACUUCACAAGAAAGUUUGACGGUUUUGGGAAAUGUCAACAGAGUUUGUACAGACCUAGAUCCACAGAUUGCUGCUGCUUUGGCAAGUAACUUUGGUGAGAACAUUGAUGCCAAAGUUAUUUCUGCCCUCGGUAAUGAAAGCACCAGCUUGUCCAUAAGCCAGAUAAAGUCUUUGAAGCCUUCAGACUUGGUGGAUUCUCUCAACAUUCUCAGCAAUGUGAUUGGUUGGAGAAUAGGACAGGCCAAAGCCAUUGUCCUGUCUUUGCUGACGUCAGGAUCUGUACAGAUCAACAGUUCAGCCUCGCUGCUAAACCUGGGCUCCCUCAUCUCUGGCGUACCAUCAACUGUGUUCAGCAGCAUCAGCGGCUCUGAUCUUGUCACUGUAUCCAGAAACCCCUCAGUCCUGUUCUACAUCCUGUCUGCUCCACAGAUUGUUCAGCUGACUUUUGUGAUACAGAUUAUAUAUUUAAACACCAACAGUUUGCACAUCAUAGAAAAUGUUCCAGAUAAUUUGGCUACUGAGAUUCCUGGAGUUUACCUGCUGCAGUUCCCAAAUGACAGCAGCACGGUCAUCAAACUAAAUCGAAAGAAAUGGAAACCCCAACAGGUUGCAUUGUUCUUUGAUAUAAUAGCAGCAAACUCUGAGACAGCUGAGCUGGGAGGUCCAAACAACUUGUCCUCCUCAGUGCUACAAGGGUUUACAUGCACAACAAUAAGAUCUUUAGGAAAGAGGCAAAUCAAGAAUCUGAUUAAAGCCUGUCGGAGAAAAGGCACAAACAAGGUUCCAUUGGUGGAGACUCAACUGACCUGCAUGUACAACCAAAUCAAAGACGAGUCAGAUGCCACCAGCUUUUCCCUCUAUCCUCCAGAUGUGUUGCUUUACUAUGAUUACUCUCUGGUGCCACAGAGCAGCUGCAGGUCUUAUUUUCAAGAGUUGGCUGAUGCCGACUUCUCCAUCUUUUCUCCAGCACUGACAUACAAACGGUCUGCUUUGUUUGAUAAUGCAAGAAGCUGCUUGGGAAUAACUAGCACAAGCUUGUCUGAGGAUAAUGUAUCAGUUUUGGGGAACAUGUGCUGCAUUCUUGAUGGCUCCUACAUCCAAAACUCUCAUCCAUCUAUACUGGAACAACUCAAGAACUGUCCGGAUCUCACUGUUGGUCAAUCAGCUGCAGUUGAAACCCUUCUGACCAAUGGAAAUACACCUUAUGGACUCUCUUCAACAUGGAAUGAACAAACUCUAAAAGACCUUGGGAUGUUAACUCUGCAUUUGCCUUCAUCUUUCUAUCAGCACUUUGAUCAGGACACAAAGCGUAACUUCUUGAAAUACUUUCUGAAAGUCUUUGGUGGAGUGAGCAGAGAACAGAGGAGGCAACUGAAGAAGGAGAUAAGACAGUCCAUCAAAAGUGAUUCAGAACAAACUGCAGAAUGCACAGUUGGAAUAAUCACUCAGGUCACAAUCAGUGACCCCACCUUCCCCUUUGACUAUAACAUCAACCAAUUCAACAACUGUCUGUCAGUUUCAACCGUCAAAGACAACUUGGAUGCCAUCACAGAAAAGGUGGAUGAGGUGGAAUACCUCAGGAUUGUUCUCCAAAAACUACAAGAGGCUGACAACUCCAUCAUCCCAGAAGAUCAGAUUCAGCUCCUCAGUGCAGCUUCUCGAGUUGCCACAGUUCAGGAUAUUCUUUCAUGGACCAUCAGUAAAAUCGACACGCUUGCUGCUUUGAUGGACUCUUCAAAUGGAGGCUGGGACCCAAGCUUAGCUAAGGUUAUCAUCUCUAAGUAUCUGGCUGUGGGAGGAAACAAACUAGGCAGUGCAGAGCUGAAUGUUAUUGGGGGACCAAAUCUCUGCUCUCUAGAUGUGGAUGUCAUCAGGACUAUUUCAUCACAAAGCUUCAGAGAAGUUGACUCUCUGGACAUCUCUAGCUGCACUGCUGACAAAAAGAAAGAGUUUUUCACUAUCUCCUUUGAAGCAUUCAACCUUACAACAAGCUCAGUUUCUGUUUUUCAGCUCAUACAACCAUACAUUGGAGGUGCAAAUGUUAAUUAUAUUCGUAGUUUGGUGGUCUCUGAUGUUAACAUGGACCUGGCCACCUUCACCAGUUUGGAUGAAAAUGUUGUGCUGAGUCUUAAUGCAAGACAAGUUAAAGCUGUCCUCGGCACUAACCUCCCAGAUUUGAAGUCUUAUGAAAACCAAACUCUGGUGCAGACCUGGAUCAGAAGUCAAAACCAGUCGGAGCUUGACAUUCUAGGAUUGGGCAUCCGAGGAGGCAAAGUUGAUCCCCCAAUUCCUCCAUAUUACAGUUCUACAACAACUUUGGUACCAACAACAACUAAUACAACUGAAUUCAAACCAUCACCAGCAAGCACAACUGAACCUCCAACUUCAAUUUCCGCAUCAACUUUAUCACCAACAACAACUAAUGUCACUGAAUUCAAUCCUUCACCAGCAAGCACAACUGAACCUCCAACUUCAAGUUCCGCAUCAACUUUAUCACCAACAACAACUAAUGUCACUGAAUUCAAUCCUUCACCAGCAAGCACAACUGAACCUCCAACUUCAAGUUCCGCAUCAACUUUAUCACCAACAAGAACUAAUGUCACUGAAUUCAAUCCUUCACCAGCAAGCACAACUGAACCUCCAACUUCAAUACCUACAUCAACUUUAUCACCAACAACAACUAAUGUCACUGAAUUCAAUCCUUCACCAGCAAGCACAACUGAACCUCCAACUUCAAGUUCCGCAUCAACUUUAUCACCAACAACAACUAAUGUCACUGAAUUCCAUCCUUCACCAGCAAGCACAACUGAACCUCCAACUUCAAGUUCCGCAUCAACUUUAUCACCAACAACAACUAAUGUCACUGAAUUCAAUCCUUCACCAGCAAGCACAACUGAACCUCCAACUUCAAUACCUACAUCAACUUCAUCACCAACAACAACUAAUGUCACUGAAUUCAAUCCUUCACCAGCAAGCACAACUGAACCUCCAACUUCAAGUUCCGCAUCAACUUUAUCACCAACAACAACUAAUGUCACUGAAUUCCAUCCUUCACCAGCAAGCACAACUGAACCUCCAACUUCAAUACCUACAUCAACUUUAUCACCAACAACAACUAAUGUCACUGAAUUCAAUCCUUCACCAGCAAGCACAACUGAAUCUCCAACUUCAAUACCUACAUCAACUUCAUCACCAACAACAACUAAUGUCACUGAAUUCAAUCCUUCACCACCAAGCACAGCUAAACCUACAACUGCAGGUUCUACAACAACUACAUCAACAACAAACAUCAUAUCUGGAACUACAAGGCUUCCAACAGUCUUAUCAUCGACAACAACUUCUCAACCACCAUCAAGGACUUCAACAUCCACAACUACCGUUCUUCCUACAGAUAUCUACACUGUACAGUGCCAAGUUAUUGCAGCAAAUGAGUCAAAUACGUGUAUUGGAGUGAACAGCACCGGUCUUCAAGUCUACCUCGACAGUGGAAAGAUGAACGGACGCUUCUGUAACUUUUCUGUGGAAGAGUUUGCUUGUGCCUCUCUUUCAGCCUUAACAGCACAGGACCUGGUAGAGAUUAUGACGUGUGAUCUGUCAUCAAACUCAAGUGGGUCCAUAUCGGCCUGGAAUCUUCUCUUCUGUAAAACUUCCAGGAUCCUGAAUGCAGCUCUGAAUCUUCUGACCACUGCAACAAUCAACCCCAACAAUCCUGCAGUGUCAGUGAUUUUGGACAGCAUACAAGCAAUCAGUCCAGAUCUUUUCAGCACAAACACACUGAAUAAUCUCACUGAGCUGCAGCUGUUGUUUAACGUUCGCCUUCGCCCGUUCUUACCUGCUGUUUCCACCAACUUUCUCUCAAUUCUUGCAAUGAAGGAUUUGCAGUGCAGCUCCUACCAAUAUAUCGUGCAAAUAUUUAGUAAAGUACAACCUCAGAUGACUCUUUCUAAGCAAGAAUCUGUGUACACACAAUUCAUCAAGAUCUACCUGAGCAGAAAGAAUACUGCAGCACCAAAAUGCUAUGACAGCAACAAUCCAGAACUGAAAUCUACAGCCUGGUUUGCAGAGUACAUCAGCUCUUUCAUCACUUUUCUCACUGUGGUGGAUCUUAAGUCAUUUGGAUCUGAACAGGUUCUGCAAGUGUUCACAGUGAAUCCUCUGAAUAUUGCUCUUCUCAGUCAGCCCAACGUGGAUCUGACAUUAAUUAGCUACUAUACUCAGUUAGUUUAUCAGCAAGUCAGCAACUUUAAUCCACUCCUUCUUCCUUCAGUGAGUCAGUGCUAUGCUCCUGGUCCUGUGUUCACCCAGCUGAAUGCAACAGUCAGUAUGACAGUUUAUGAAGCCCUCAAUGAGGUCUGCACUAGCCUGGAUGAGCAGAUCUCUGCUACCUUGAUAAGUAACUUUGGGAAUACUAUUGGCUCUAAUGUCAUUGCUGCCAUUGGUAAUGGAAGUGCCAGUUUGUCCACUAGCCAAAUAAAGACUAUAACCGCUUUAGAACUGAUGAAAUCCCUAAGCACUCUCAGCAUUGUGACUGGUUGGCGAGAAGGACAGGCUAAAAUCAUCAUGCAAACUCUGCUGACCUUAAUGAAGAUCAAUAGCUCAUCGUCACUCUCACAGCUGGGCACUCUUGUCAUUGGUUUACCUUCCAACACGUUCAGCAGCAUCAUCAGCUCAGAGCUCAUCGCUGCAGCCAAAAAUCCACUAUUUGUAGCAAACAUGUUGAAUGCUGCUCAGAUUCUUCAGCAGAGUUUUGUUUACCAGAUUGUAAUAUCGAAUUUAAUCAGUUUGAAUAUCAUAGACAAUGUUCCUGAUCAAUUGGCCACUCAAAUCCCUCGAGUUUACCUGCAGCAGUUUACAGGUGACGACAUCAUCAAACUCAACAAGAAAACAUGGAAACGAGAGCAGGUUGAGUUGUUCUUUGAUGUUAUAGCAGCAGGCUCUGCUACCACUGUGUUAGGAAGUCCAAACAGCUUGUCCUCAUCUGUGCUGCAAGGGUUCACAUGCACUGGAGUAAGUCAGUUUGAAAGGAAGCAGGUCACAGACCUGGUAAAAGCCUGCCGGAGAAAGGGAUUGAACAAGGUGCCACUGUUGGAGACUCAGCUGACCUGCAUGUACAACUACAUUAGAACAGAUCCAGAUGUCACCAAGUUUGACCUUUACCCUCCAGAUGUGCUGCUGUACUAUGAUUACUCUCUGGUGCCACAGAGCAGCUGCAGGUCAUAUUUUCAAGAGCUGGCAGAUGCAGACUUCUCUGUUUUCUCUUCAGUUCUCAGCUACAAACUGACUGCUCUGUUUGACAAUGCAAGGAGCUGCCUGGGAAUAACCAACACAAGCUUGACUGAGGACAAUGUUUCAGUUUUGGGAAACAUGUGCUGCAUGCUCGAUGGUUCCUACAUUAAAAGCUCUGACCCAUCCAUCCUGAAAAAACUCAAAAACUGUCCAGAUCUCACUGCUGAUCAGGCAGCUGCAGUUGUAACCCUUCUGACCAAUGGAAAUACACAAUAUGGAACUCCUUCAAAGUGGAAUCAGACAACUCUGACAGACCUGGGGAUGUUACCUUUGUAUUUGCCUACAUCUUUCUAUGAUAAUUUUGAUAAAAGCACCAAGGUCACGUUCUUGAAAUCCUUCUUAAAAGUUAUCAAGGACGACAAAGUGAGCAGAGAUAAGAGAAGGCAGUUGAAGGAAGUAAUAAGACAGUCCAUCAAAAAUAGGUCAAAGAGAUCUACAGACUGUACAGUGGGGAAUAUCACCCAGGUCACCAUCAGUGAUAGCACCUUCCCCCUGGACUAUGAUGUUACCCAGUUUAAUAACUGUCUGUCAAAUACAGUUGUUAAAGACAAUUUUGAUGCCAUCACAGAAAAAGUUGAUGAAAAGGACUACCUUAAAAUCGUUCUCCAAAAGCUUGGAGAGGCUUACAACUUCGUCGUCCCAGAAGAUCAGGUUCAAGUUUUAGGUCCAGCAUCCCGUGUUGCUACCAUUGAUGACAUCCGCUCAUGGACCAUCACUCAAGUGGACACGCUUUCUGCUUUGAUGGACUCAUCAAACGGGGACUGGAAUUCAAGUUUGGCAAAAGUAAUCAUCUCCAAAUAUCUGGCUGUGGCAGGAAACUCACUUGGUAGAGCUGAACUGAAUGCAAUCAAAGGACCUAACCUCUGCUCUCUUGAUCUGAGCGUCAUCCAGUCAAUUUCUUCUCAAAACCUCAAAGAAGCUGAAGCCCUGAAUGUUAUCAGCUGCACCCUCGAGGCAAAGAAAAAGCUUUUCAACAUUUCCAGUCAAUCAUUUAGAGCCGUCACACAAUCAUCUUCCUCUUACCAGCUCAUGAAACAAUUCCUUGGAGGUGCACCUCUUGACUACAUCCGAGGUUUGGUGUCUUCCAACAUUAGCAUGGACCUGGAAACCUUCAGCAAUCUGGAUCCAAACAUUGUGCCGAGUUUAACUGUCAAUGAAGUAAAAGGUCUACUUGGCACCAACCUGCCAGAUUUGAAGUCUUAUGAAAACCAACCACUGGUACAGGCCUGGAUCAGAAGUCAGUUACAGUCAGAGCUAGACACUCUGGGUCUGAAUCUGUCUGGAGGCAGAGCUGACCCCGUAACCACCGCCACCCUCACAACCACUGCAGGAACUGUAACAGCUGGAUCAGGUGGCUCUGUCACUACAGGCAGCGGAGUCCGAAUCCAAGCAGAUGCCGGCUUCUCCUUCUUUUCUUUUCUGGCAAUCCUCAUCACUUCUCAGCUCAUCACUAUCUGAACAAUGUUAAAUGAAUGACUGUAUUACCAAAAGCUUGAUUUCAAUCAAAGUGUCUAAUUGAAGCAAACUGUGUUAAAGGUGUUCUUAUGAACACAUUUCAUGUGCAAUAACAAGUUAAAUUUGACUAUACGUUAUCUUGAAUUAUUCUACAUGUCAGUUAAUCUGCUUCUUUAUUUUCUUCUGUGUUUGUAUUUAUGAAAAAUAUGACAAGCUCUAUAUCAAAAUUACAUCUUAAAAUACUCUAAACUAGAAAAUUAUAUUAUAAAACUGUAACAAUAAACAUGUAUUAUUACACCACUGUAAUAAUGGACCUGUUGUUUCUUGGUAAAAAAAUAAUUGGAAAUAAGGUUGUCUUAAAUGUGUUACCAAAAAACAACUUUGCUAGGAGGGCUUUCUAUGUGGUAAGGGUUCUGUCAAAAAGAAACGUAAAGACAAUAUUGUGCACAAAUUCAUACUUUGUGCACAACUUUGCAAAUAAAAUAUAAAUACAACA